AUGGCCACCUCUUUCUUGUUGCCUUUGGAACUCAUGCUUCUAAUUACAUUAAACAUCUUCUUCAUGCUCACCUCAUCUGCACAACUAACCGAUCUCACCACCGAUCGAGAUGCUCUUCUCACGUUCAAAAAAGCCAUAACUGUCGACACACGUGGCGCGUUGAGCAAGAAAUGGCUCACCAACACUUCCAUCUGUGACUGGGCCGGCGCCUCGUGUGGCAUCAAACACCAAAGAGUCACAGCCCUCGAUCUGUCCAACUUCGGCCUCCAUGGAAGCCUCUCUCCACAUCUCGGAAACCUAACCUUUCUCCAGUCCUUGGACGUCAGCUCCAACAAUUUCACAGGCGUCUUACCAGCUGAGCUAUCUAAACUACGCCAUUUGAAGAUAGUAAACGCGACAUGCAACAACUUCAGUGGAGAAAUACCGAGAGGUAUCCUUACAAACAUGUCGGUAUUGGAAUAUAUUGAUCUGAGGUUUAACAACCUAUCGGGCACUCUCCCAAGAGAUAUAUGCAAUAACACUCCGAAACUGAAGACAUUAACUCUCAUAACGAAUCAAAUAUCUGGAAAAAUUCCAAGGAGUAUACACAAGUGCAGCAAGAUGGAGGAGUUGAGCUUGUCGACAAAUAUGUUCAAUGGCAACAUACCAACCGAAGUUGGGAAUCUUACCAUGCUUACACUUCUAUCUAUAGAUGAUAAUGAUCUCCAAGGAAACGUGACAGAACUCGAGUCUUUGGACCUGUCUUCAAACCGAUUGGAAGGGAAAAUUCCAACAGAGUUAACAAAGCUCACAUUUCUUUCGGUGAUGAACCUUUCCAUGAAUAAUCUUUCGGGGAUGAUACCUCAAUCCAAUGGCCAGUUUUCCACAUUCGAAAACACAUCAUAUGUUGGGAAUUCUCGACUGUGUGGAUUUCCAUUAUCACGACAAUGUGAAGGGCCUUCGCCUCCAGUGAUGUUGGAAGAAGAUGAUCAUGAUUAUGGUAUUCUAGAAGGAUUCUGUUGGCAGGCUGUUGUUUCCGGGAAUGGAUGUGGAUUCGUAAUCGGUGCGAUUGUAGGUUGUGUGAUUCUUGGGUUUGCAAGGCCUAAAUGGUUGGUGGAAUGGAUCUAUAGAUUUUACAGGAAAAAGAUGAGAAGCCAUAGAAGAAGAUAA